AUGUCAAAAGCUUUAUCAUCGAAUUCUGGUCAAAUCAAUUUGGCUGCUGUUCUUUAUGGUCCUAAAGAUUUAAGAAUUGAAUCAAUUCCAAUCGAAUCACCAAAACCAAAUGAAGUACAACUUUUCAUCGAGACCACGAGUCUAUGUGGUUCAGAUUUACAUUAUUAUAGUUUAGGUCGUAAUGGAAAUUUUAAAAUUCAAACACCCAUCAUACUUGGUCAUGAAUCUUGUGGAAGGAUUAUAAAAUUAGGAAAUCAAAUUGAAAGAAGUGACUUAAGUUUAGGACAAAGAGUGGCAAUUGAAUGUGGUCUGUUUUGUAAAUGUUGUGAUAGAUGUCUUGAGGCUAGAUAUAAUCUUUGUGAAAAGAUGGAGUUUAGAUCAUCAGCAAAGAAUGUACCUCAUUCAGAUGGGACUUUAUGUCAAUUAAUCAAUCAUCCAGCUGAUUUGGUACACAUUGUUCCAGAUGAGAUACCAGCACCGUGUGUUGCACUCCUUGAACCUCUCUCAGUAGUAAUGCACGCCUUCGAUCGUCUAAAGAUAACCAAAGAAACUUCAUCAAAUAUACUAGUGAUUGGAGCAGGUCCAAUUGGAAUCAUAGCCUGUGGACUAGCUCGAGCUCUAGGCAUAAGAUCAAUUUCACUCAUAGAUAUCGAUUCUUCAAAAAUCGAUUUCGAAGCUAAAGAAAUGAAGUGGGCUACUGAUUCUUGGGUAUCCCCCAAAACUGUUGGAAAUACUUUGGAGUCUAGUAAAGGACUUUCGGAUUCGAUUCUUCAGAGGUUCAAAAAACCUUCAGGAUUUGAUUUUACUAUUGAAUGUACUGGUGUUGGAUCUUGUAUUCAAACUGGAGUUUAUGUAACUCGAUCAGGUGGAAAAUUAGGAUUAGUAGGUAUGGGAACCCCAGAAUUGAUGAUGCCAAUUAGUUCAGCAGCUUUAAGAGAAGUCGACAUAAUUGGAACAUUUAGAUACGCCAAUGUUUAUCCUAAAGCUAUCAAACUUUUAACUGAGCAAAUUAGAGAUGAAGGACCAUUGAAAAGGAUUGAGAGAUUGAUUACUCAUUCUGUUGAUUUGAAAGAAGCUGGUAAAGGAUUUAAGUGGUUAGAAGAGGGGAGGGAUGAGAAUGGUAAAGGGGUUAUGAAGAUGAUGAUUACGUCUUCUGUGUCAUCUGAUUUGAAGAGUAUCUAUCACCUUUGA